AUGAAGCCUCGGGUUUGGAGUAAACCACCGUUGGACUGGGUAAAGCUCAAUGUCGAUGCCUCUUUUGAUGCUGACGCUCUCAGCGGUACUGUUGGAGCUGUCAUCCGCGAUCACCAUGCUAAUUUUGCAGCAACCAUCAACUGGAAGCUCGACUUUGUUGCGGACGUUGAAGCAGCUGAAGCUCAUGCCGUGCGUGUUGGUUUGGAGUUUGCUGCCCUUUCGGGCUGCUCGAGGAUCGUUAUCAACUCAGACUCCACAUCUGUAGUCGAAGCUCUCUCGGCUGGAUACCAACCUUUCGGUGCUGCUGCUGCAAUCUACGAAGACUGCUUCAGUCUCUUGGAUGAUCUGGUUCAAUUUGACAUCAGCCACUGCCAGCCUUGCUACCUUACUUUUGUUGAAUCAAUAGAUACAUGUGGUAAUCCAAAGAUGAAUGAGAAGUAUGCAAUGUGGCACACAGAACCGGGAAAAUUUUAUGGUCUUCGAGCUGACAUGAGUAUAUGGGGUUCACCAAAUCAAGAAUACUCUCAAGAAUCUGGAGCAGCCAUACAAAUGUAUUGUGCAGAAGGAGGACACUACCGCUUAAUUGAAGCUGGAUUUCAUAUUGCCCCCUCGUUGUACCAUAAUAGAGAUGUUCGCUUCUUUACAUACUGGACAAAGGACACAAAAACAGCGGGCUGCUACAACAUGCAGUGCAAAGGAUUUGUUCCAGCCAGAGGAGCUGCACUGGUGCCUGGCCAAGCCAUUGCUCCUCAGUCAACAUAUGGCGAACUCGACCACUAUGCCAGGCUUAGCAUAAACAAGGACCCGAAGACUGGAGCUUGGAUAUUGUACCGACAUGAUUUGCAUGCCCCAUCAUUCUUGGGACAUUUUCCUAGCGAGCUUUGCCCCGGUGAAGCGGCGCAAAUACAAGCAUUGACUGGAUUCGUAAAUUAUCGAAAGAAUGCUCGUGGUCCUCCAAUGGGCAGCGGGCAGUUUCCUGAUAAUGAAGAUCCUAAGAAAUCUGCCUACUUCAAGCAAGUUAAGGCUUAUGACUCCAAAGGUCAUGCUUGGAACCCAAUUACAACUGUAAUGCUUCCUCUAGCUGACAAGCCGGACUGCUACAGGCCAAGUGAUUUCCUUCUUGAUUUUAAGAAGGGCUACAUGUUUUACUAUGGUGGACCAAGUGAUUGUGUUGGUUGA